AUGUUGGCUCAUGCUCAUGAUUUCAGGGAUUUAUCAAACAACAACUUAACAGGACCAAUUCCAGACUUUUUGUCUCAAUUGCCAAAUUUAAAUGUCCUAAACUUGGAGAACAACAAGCUCACAGGCUCAGUUCCAGUGAGACUCAGUGACAGAAGCAAGAAUGGUUUGCUACUAUUAAGUUUGUGCGGAAAUCCAAAUCUAUCCGGACAGGUUUCUUGCAAUAAGAAGAAGAAGAAGCACAAUCUCGGUGUUUCGGUAGGAGUCCCCGUUGGAAUUUCAAUCGGCAUAUUAUUAGUUGUAGCAGCUGCAGCUAUUUGGUGGCACUGCUUUAAAACCAUAGGAGAAAAAGCUAACACAAUGCCAGAGGCGCAAGAAGUUGGCCAUACUGAUAAUAAGCCCACCCUUUUGAAGCCCCCUUCUGACCCCCGUCGGGGUCAACACUUCACUAAAGUUGAGAUCACGAAUAUCACCAGAGCCGGUCCAUUGAUUUUGGAGGCCCUGUGCAAAUAUGGAUGUUGA